UGACCGACCCGUACUUCUGGGAUUCGAGUAGGUGGAGAGACUUGGAGAAACUGACCUCCUGUCUUCCCCUUCACUCCUUUCUACACUCGGCUCGACGACAGAGAGCUUCACAAUGGCCCUGUUACGGGCGUUAUUGGCUGUCUCACUGGCCUCCACGACAGUCUUCGGAAUCCAGCUAUGGGCCAAGCCCGCAGAGAUCCCAAGCUCAGUACCUGCAAAGUGCCGGGCAGCGCUGACCACGAAUAUCACAUGCGAGUUCUUGGUGACCGCCAACAAAGCAGUCAAUGGACAGGUGCUCGCGGGGGAAUCCGCUAUCUCAUACUGCGGAGACACAUGCGUCAAGUCGUUGCUGGGCUUCCAGCAGACGGUCACAGCUGGUUGCGGAAACACGCAGUAUAUGCUUUGGGAGAACAGCACCUUGACGCAGUCUGGACAAGCCCUAACUGAUGGCCUGGUAUGGGCGCAGAACUUGGUCUGCAUCGAGGAUAAGGAUGGGUACUGUUUGGCCGACUUCAUGGCCGGUAACCGAACAGCUUGUUCGGACUGCUCACUGAAAUAUGCCCAGGCGAUGGUGAGUUCUGACUAUGGACGCGCAAGGGUCCCAGAAGACCAGUUCACGUCUCUUCUGUCGUCCUGCUCCGUGCCGACCAGCAGCUACACCUGGACGUACACUCCCGUCCCCACGGCCAAUGCGACAACCACAACCACUAGCCCAGCGACGACCCCGACUUGUGCUGGCACGACUUACACCGUCAAGUCCGGAGACACCUGCGAGUCCAUCUCCAAGGCCAACUCGGUUGCCACUGAUCGCAUGAUUCUGCUCAAUAACCUGGACUACAAAUGCGCCUCACUUGUAGAGGGUAGGGAACUGUGCAUCCAAGAUACUUGCAAACUCGCGACCAUCCAGAACAACCAGACAUGUGAUGAUCUUGUCGAGGGCACGGGAUUCACUGUCGUUCAGCUGCAGUCUUGGAAUCCGACCUUGAAAUCCAUGUGUGACAGCAACAUCAUUGCCAACCUCGACACGCUGACAGGGCGGAGUAUUUGCAUUCAGGCACCCGGCCAAUACGACUUUCCAACUUCUGAUGUUCCCACGACAACUUCAAGUUUCACUUUCACCUCUCCCUUCUUCACCGGCUCCUGGACUCCCGGACCGCCCGUCCAGACCGAUGCUCCUCCGCCGCAAACCAACUUCAGCUCCCUCUACGACCCGAGCUACACGCCUCCCGCCGAGACCAUCUCCUUCAACGCGACGCUCUCCAGCGUCAUCGCCGAAGCAACCCAGUACUGCUGGAUCACCGAGGAGGACUGGGCCGAGGGGUUCGACCCGGAGUCGAUGCCGCCGGCCUGCCAGUCGCUGAUGUCGACGUACUGCACGUACAACUCGACGGCGCCGACGCCGACGCCCAUCUCCCGCGCGCCGGCCGCGUGCACGCCCGACCGCAGCUGGUACAACUUGGAUCCUCUCCCGGACCCGGUGACGACGCCGAAGCCCGUCCAGCCGGGGAUGACGAAGGGGUGUAGCAAGUUCUACAAGGUGGCGAGCGGGGACAUUUGCGAAACGGUGAUUGCGAAUAAUGGUAUCACUGCUGCGGAUUUCUAUACUUGGAAUCCGGACAUUGGGAGUGAUUGUCGGAAUCUGCAGCUGGGGGUGUACGUUUGUGUGGGAUAUGAUGCUGAGUUGGUGGUUGGUUGAGGGAGAGAGGGAGGGAAUAAUUUAGUUCAAGACAGGUUGUGGACGUAUGUUGUUGUUACAUUGUAUU